CCUGACCCAAUUUCUUGCUUCAUAAAAACAAAACGAUAAGGUACAGAAAUUAUUAGUUGGCUGCAAGCAUUUUUCAUGAGUUAUUUAUGAUCCACAGCCACAGAUAAAUUAAUUACAGCAACCACAAAAACCAGAAGGAUGGCCCGGGAAUAUUCUGCAGUUUUAGCGGGAAUACCAGGAAGCGGAAAAACCUCUAUUUUUAACCUACUCGCCAGGAAAGAUAUUGCGAAAGUGUCUCACAGUGCAGCCCCGUGUACCGGAAGUACCCAGAAAGUAAGGCUACCUUGUGGCGAUGACUUAUUCGUAGAAGUAUACGACACAGCGGGUCUUGGCGAUGGUCUCAUUGAAACCAGACACAUGGCAGCGGAAAGAUUUCGAAAAUCUUUGUACGAAAUUUCACAAGACGAUGGAAUUCACGUUUUGAUUUUUGUCGUUAAAAAGGGUGACGAUUUAAAAUCAUCAUUUGCAAUUUUUCGUCGAUAUUAUGUAGACAUGUGUCGUAGCAAGGUGCCCAUUGUAUUGGUUGUUACACACGUGGACUCUGACACGGAUUGGGAUCAAUGUAAUAAAGACUAUAAAUUCCACUUUAGUCAAGAAAGUUUAUUCGUGCAGGAUUGCAUUCCGGUAUGUUCCGCGCAAGUGGACACGUUUCCGGAAAAUAUUCAGGAUGAAAUUACCCGUUUGAGAGAAUUGACACGGGAAAGAAUUAUGAUUUGUGUGGGGCGAAAUAUGCAAUGGCCGGGGUUAAAAGUUUAUCCAUCUUUGUGGGAAAGAGUCUUUAAACGACCAUUUUUUGGUUAUUGAGGAGAAAAACUACAGGUCUACGAAAAAUAUCGAAUUGUAUAUUGUAAAGAUACGAUCAUUUAAAAAUAUGUAUGUAAAUAUUUCCUCCACACUCCACAGCAUUAAAAACUCGAUCCCAUUGUAAUAAUAGAAUUUUGAAAUUUGUUAGAUUUUAACCUUUGAAAAUUCAGUGAAAGCGAUGAUGUUAACUUAGGAAGUUGAGAAGAGCACAAGUUUAUAAAUGUGUUGUAGAUUUGCGGUUAAGAUAGUAAAUGUACAAAUUGAUUGACGUUGUUUUUUAACUUGAUUAACCUAAGUAAAUUAAAAAACCUAGACCAAACAUACAUUUAAAUCAUUUAUAUUUAUCAUGGAUGGGCAAAUUGCAUUGUCCAAUUACAGUAAUCUGGUCUCCGGUCUUCCAAUUGUUUGGAUUUGCAAAUCAUCAAUUUCUCAUGCAGUUUUUGGCAUCUAAGUCAUGUUUUCUACGUAUGUUUCCUAAUCAUAAUUUACAUAAUUUACUGUAAUACAUUUGUACAGGAUGAUAAAGUACUGCGAAAUAAAAUAUAUAAUUUCAUGA